AUGUUCCGAAGCCGGGGCCCAGAGACCACAAGCACCUUCUCCAAAGCCACACAGCAUGUGUCUGACCCUGCUCCCUUUUCCCUUCCGUUCUGCUCAUGCUCUUGUGGAUGGUGCUGGGGACCUGUGGAUGGACCCCUAUGGGCCUGCCCAGGACCAAUCCCUCUGUCUCCUCUUUGUGAAUCCUCAGGUGAAGUUGCGGGAGCUGGUGCGGCCAGCAUCAUGUCCACCCUGACCGAGAAGGCUGUAGUGAAGAAGGAACUGCUGUACGAUGUGGUCGGGAGAGACAAGUACCAGGUCAACAACAAACAUGAUGGCAAGUACUCACCGCUGCCUCCCAGCAAAAUCGUCCAGCGCGCAGAGGAGCUCGUGGGGCAGGAGUUGCCCUAUUCGCUGCCCUGCGAGAACUGCGAGCACUUUGUGAACGAGCUGCGCUAUGGAGUUGCCCGCAGUGACCAGGUCAGAGAUGCCGUCGUGGCGGCUGGCAUCGCAGGAGUGGGCUUGGCAGCCAUGGGCCUCAUUGGAGUCAUGUUCUCAAGAAACAAGCGGCAGAAGCAAUAAGCUGAGGGGCCCGUCUGGUCAGCAGUGACUUUACAAAUUUACGGGGUCUGUUUGGGCCAGAGGUUUUGAGGUUUGGUUUGUGGAUUUCAUUCUGUUUUAUAGUAAGGCUUAUUUUUACAGACUAAAAUAAAGCCCAACAAGGGAGCCCUUUACUGGAGGAAACGUAGCAA